AUGCCUAAUGCAGUCUACAUCGGAGGGUUCCAGUGUAGCCCGGCCAAAGCUCUCCCCCCACACCUGGAGGACUUUGUUCAGAGCUCUGGAGAACACGGAGUCAUCCUCAUGUCUUUGGGGACCUUUGUGAAUGAACUUCCUCAGGAUCUGCAAGAUGGCAUCGCUGCUGCCUUUGCCAAACUGCCACAGAAAGUGAUUUGGAAACACAAAGGCUCCAGACCAACAACUUUAGGAAACAACACUUUACUUGUGGACUGGAUCCCUCAGAAUGACCUCCUGGGACACCCCAAAACCAGACUGUUUUUGGCUCAUGGAGGAACCAAUGGGAUUCAAGAGGCUAUCUAUCAUGGAGUCCCAGUCGUGGGUGUGCCAGUGUUCUUUGACCAAUAUGACAAUUUACUGCGCCUUGAGGAAAGAGGAGGCGCCAAGAUCCUUACUCUGUCCAAAGUUGAUGAAGAUAGCAUUCUAACUCAUGUCCAGGAAGUGUUAUCUAACCAAUCCUACAGGGAGAACAUGCAACGGCUGUCCAGGCUGCACAGAGACCAGCCAGUACAGCCACUGGACAGCGCCAUCUUCUGGAUAGAGUUUGUCAUGAGACACAGAGGAGCAGCCCAUUUAAAGUCUGAGUCCUACAGAAUGCCAUGGUAUUUCUAUUUCUCGUUAGACGUGAUGUGUUUUUUAGCUGGGAUAUUGUUUCCGCGCCCUACAAUGCCCAAUGCCAUCUACAUGGGAGGGUUCCAGUGUAAACCAAGUAAACCUCUCCCCCCGCACCUGGAGGACUUUGUUCAGAGCUCUGGAGAACACGGAGUUAUUGUUAUGUCACUUGGGACUUUUAUCGGCUCUCUACCACAUGACCUUAGUGAGGAGAUUGCCGCAGCCUUUGCCAAAUUACCUCAGAAAGUUAUCUGGAGAUACACAGGAGACAAGCCAUCUACACUGGGGAACAACACGUUACUGGUUGAUUGGAUGCCUCAGAACGACCUCCUGGGACACCCAAAGACUAAAGCGUUUGUGGCACACGGAUCGAUGAAAGAGGAGCAGGAAAAAUAA